GGUAGAAGAUGGUCUGUCCUAAGGGGAUCGUCGCUUACCUCCAACACGCCUGGAAGUGGGAGUUCGACUAACCAGGGAACUCCUCCUGAGGGCUGCAGCUGUUGUUGUUGCUGUCGGAAUAUUUACCUAUCAAGUCAGUUUUAAUGUAGAAGAACAUCUGAAAGGAACGACGGUGCUCAGGAUCACCAAGAGCAAGGAUCAUCCACUGAUGUUUCCACCAAUCAACGUGUGUCCAUCGCCUCCCUUCGAUCCCUCCCGCCUGGCUCAGCUCGGCGUUAACAUCUCCGUGGGUUCAGUGGAGGAAGUUUCCAAAAACAUAGAAAACCUAAUCGGAUUGGACAGACAACUCACGUUACGUCAGUUGCUCGAGGAAGCAGCAUGGAAGCUGGAAGACAUGGUCGACUGGAUCUCUCUUGGGGUCUUGAACGAAUCUUAUUCCUCUCGUUCAUACUCCCAGUUAUGGAGGCGUUCGUUCACACCAGUGGGACCUUGCCUGAAACUCACCCUUCCUCUGGUUUCAAACCAUAACGACUCCAUUUUCAGGCUCAGAUUCCGGGACAUUCCCAGGAGCCUAGAGCCGUGUAUGUGGGUGGAGAAGGGUCGCAGCAUGAAAUACGAAUCCCCGAACGAUUGCUCCUCCGUACAACGUUACUGCAACACCACCUGCGUUUGGCAACAGUAUCUUGUGACCUAUGCUUCCUACUUCCAGUCAGUUUUCCUAGGGUCAACCUCAGUAAAGUUGGAUUUACAUCACAUGAUUCCACAAUUCUCAUUACAAUUUCGAGAAGGAGUUUUAAAGCCAAUCGAAAUCAAUGGUAAUUCAGCUGCUGAAGAUUACAAUCAUGACUUUUGUUACCAUAAAUGUCUUAUGAGUAAAGAGGAAGCAAAAUUGAAUUGCUCUGCUAUGUAUGAAGACAAAAUGGAUAACAAAAUAGACAAUUUAUGUAUAACGUUCAUACAAACGUUCAAAAUUUCGAUAAGGUUUGUCAACGAUAUUAAUUCCAAAUGCCUAAACUUAUGCAAGGUCAAGCGCCACAAACUUCAGUGGGUAAUUGAAGAAGACUCUGAGAUUUCCGAAAUAAAUGACGGCUUCACUCUGCGCUUUUCAUCACCUUAUACUGUACAAUUCACAAAACAGGAAGCAUACCCCCUCAGCCGCCUCCUGACAGACGUGGGAGGCAGUCUGGGUCUCUUCCUGGGGUUCUCCCUCAUGGAUUUAUGGGUUGCUGGAACCUUUCUUAUUGGAGCAAUUUUAAACCGGUUACGUACCUCAACCUAUGGCUGUGACCUGGCAGUACACGGUGAUACGUGUGAAGCAAAUGUAUAUAGUCCCCUUAGCAAAUUAACUGGCAUAGUAUUCCUUGCAAGUUUUUCGUGUGUUCACUUACUUGUUACCUUUAAGGAUUAUAUUCUGCAGCCGGAGAUGUUGUCUUGUAUAAUUAUGUCUCGCAAAACACCUCCAGUGAUCAAUCGCAGUCUUGAAGAGUUGUUUGUAACUCGUUUUGCUAGUCGUCCCCUUGGAUGUAAAUUUCCAUCAUCUGACUACCUGAACUGCUUUUACAAGUGUCUUUUGCGGCGAAUGCCUCCUGUAUUCUUUCCAUUCAUUGAGGUAAACGAUCUUCCAGAUUGUACCGUGGAAUUCUUAAAGCUGCCACGCUACAAGUUUGUUAUUCAACUUGGAUUUGUUAAGCAACACUUAUCGGCUCAUGUAGUGAGUGGAGAAUGCUCCCUGGAGUGUGAUGGACAAGACAACUCAGUAAGCAAUACAGUCAGUGUCGACUGCUUAUUAAGCCAUGAGAAGUCUCUCACUAUCUUAUACCUCCUUUGCAGUUUUGGGGGAAUUCUAGGCCUCUACUUUGGAUUUUCUCUAAUGAAGGGUAUUUACAAAGAGUAUGUCGCUCCAAGAAUUAAAAUAUUGCUCAGAGCAAGAGGUAAAUAUUAUCACACGAUUCACCUAAUUGUCACAGCAAUUUUAGUAUUAAUUACUGCUAUUCUAUAUAUAUUUCAGGUAAAUUUAUACCUAAUGGGUCAUCUGAUAUAUAUGACUUUGUCAAGCAGGCCGCUAGAGACUAGGGAUUUGCCGGCGGUAACGGGCUGCAUAUGGCCGCCGUUCAACAUGCAACGGUUGAUGGAAACAGUGGGUCUUGCAAAGGCAUACGAUCAACUGACUCACCUAAGUCCUGUAGACAGACAUGCCGCCAUCACCCGUCUCCUGCAGGAGCUACCUGAGACUGCGGUACAAAUGGAUCCACAGUACCUCUGGUCAGCCAGUGCUUGGACAGCGAGGGAGGCAAACAUGUUUCUUACCGUGGUUCACUCAUCACCUAUGGUUGCUGAAGAAGUAAUCGCUCACAGUGACAACAGCACAAUAUUAAAUCAAUGUUUCAUUUUUAUCCCUAUCAUACAUGCUGAUGGGACACUGCAUCAAGUCAAAUAUAAUUUUGAGGUCUUUAUCGGUCGACCAAUCAAAGAAGAAAAUGUCUCGGGCUACAUCAUGGUGCACAGACACGACGAUUUCGCCAUCAUAGGACGUGAACCAAUGAAAUAUGGACUAAAUUUCGCUUUGGAAGUCUCGGGAUUAUCAAGCUGGGAUAGUUUUCAAGGCUCAAACCUCAAAAAUGGUGAAUGCGUCUCCCGUUGUCUGGACGAUGCAUUGGUGGAUCAAGUGAGAUGCCGCCUACCCUGGGUGGGACGACGCCAGGACCUGCCAGUCUGCAACAUGACUCAGUUCACAAAGUUCCUCACUGCUCUCUGGCGCCUGGAAAAAAACCCACAAUACAUCUAUUCUAGCUUAGUUGGUGCCAGUCAAACCAGCACUUGCGAGCAGAGAUGUCAACCACGAAAUCAAAGGUUUUACAGGAUUAGAAAGUCUGACAGAGAGUAUUUAACCAACAGUUUUUCAAUCGGGAUUGUAAAUGGAGAGCAAAGAAUGGACAGUGCCUAUUAUCUAACAGCCUCUAUAGAGAUGACACCGACCGCUAUUGAAGUUGUGAAAGUUGAGGACGGGUACCCCACGCACCAGUUAGUGAGCGACCUCGGUGGCAUUGCUGGCAUGACACUGGGAUUCUCACUGCUCUCACUUCUCAUGACAGUGAUCGGUUAUCAUUAUGCCUCGUCUCACUCUCACAGACUGUGAUCUGGGGCGCCUGCUCCCGGUCUCACUCCCACGGACGAUAGGAUGUCGCCGCAUUCUGCCUCAUGCCCAGGGGCGAUGAUCGGGUGCCUAUAUAAAUUACUACUUGUCAUUGUGUUGAAUGACAAUUCUCAGUGUUCAGUAAUGCUAAAAAAAAAAAAAACAUUUUUAAUACAUGUAAAAGGCAGUGUUGCACCCAUUCUUGCAACACAAAUGAUGAACGAUCAGAUCUAAAUGUUUCCUGUUUUCUCUCUGCCACCUCGUGUCCACAGAUUAUUGCAGCCUUAUUUUUUUAUCUUUUUUUUUUAAAUUAAAAUACAUUGACGUAAAGUUAUAUAACCUAACUCAAUAAA